AUGAAUGGGGACCUCAGUCUAUCGAGGGCCCUCGGGGGACUACGAAUAGCCAAUCCAGAUGACGCCGAUGCCUCUCCAAGCGACCCCCAAGAUGCUGCCGACGCACCAUCAUCCACCGACCGGCAACCAGAACAUGGCCGUCAACAACAGCAUCAAUAUCAACCUGACGCCCAUCCCAAUCUAGUACCCCUCGAGGAACCGACCACACAAACAUCCCCAAGUCCGUUUGGGUCUACUUCCGCGUCAGACACCUUGCUGUCUCCCAUAUCUCACACACAAUCGUCCGCGUCCGGGAGAGCGUCCCCGGCCUAUGAUGGCUCGCCAAGCCUUGCCGAACCCCGCCGAACGAGCCCCAGUGCCGAAAUGCGAGCAGACGUCUACCGACAGCCCGUCUCUCCAUACUCCGACCUCGACAGAGCUCCAGGGAGCCGCUCUUCCGUUUCACCGACAGCGCGCCCUAUCUCUGCACUAUACAGUCAUCAGUCCGUGGCACCUGAAGAAGGACAUCCGCUUCAUCAACCGCAACCCCAGGGCGACCGGUCGCGGAAUUCUGUCUAUGGAAUGCUCGCGAGGCAGGAUUCUAAUCACGCCCAGGGUUAUCCAGGCAGCUCAACACCAACAAGGGAACCAAGUUACAGAGCGCCGGCAAACCCGGUCCGUCAAUCUCAGUUGCCUCCUGGUUCUGGAACCUUGCCUCCACGGAGGAGCUCGAAAGGCAUGGGCGGUGGAUAUGUCUCGGCAACAGCAGCGCCGUCGGGCCCGCAAGACGCUUAUGGACCAGAGGCGCCGCUACCGACCAGUAGCGAGGAGUGGAAAGACCGUGGUGCCGCUGUCGGUGUGCGGAGGGAAACAGAUUCGAACGGCAAGACGGUCAUUCGACAUGUCAAGAAGGGAGUUAGAGACUUCGCCUUUGGCCGUGUGCUCGGAGAAGGUUCGUAUAGUACGGUCUAUUUAGCCACUGAUCGACAAACUCUCAAAGAGUACGCCAUCAAAGUCCUCGAGAAGAAGCACAUCAUCAAGGAGAAGAAGAUCAAGUACGUCAACAUCGAGAAGAAUACCUUGAACCGUCUUACCGAACACCCGGGUAUCGUGCGCCUGUAUUACACAUUCCAGGACGAGGCAUCUCUAUACUACGUCCUCGACCUUUGCAACGGCGGCGAACUGCUAGGAGUGCUGAAAAAGACUGGCUCCUUUGAUCUGGAGUGCACGAGGUUCUACAGUGCCCAAAUACUAGACGCCAUCGACUAUAUGCAUUCAAGAGGAGUCAUUCACCGCGACCUCAAACCAGAGAAUGUCCUGUUGGACGACCAUAUGCACGUGAAGAUCACAGACUUUGGCACAGCCAAGCUACUCAAGGAUCCGAGAGAGCCGCAGAACGCCGGCGAAAGCGCGCGGGGACUGCCGGAGAGCGCUCGCAGCGACGCUGACGACGACAAUAGGGCGGCUUCAUUCGUGGGCACUGCCGAGUAUGUCAGCCCCGAACUUUUGACGAGCAAAAACGCCUGCAAGGCGAGCGAUCUAUGGGCUUUCGGCUGCAUAGUAUAUCAGCUAUUGGCAGGUCGUCCACCCUUCAAGGCCGCGACGGAAUACCUCACGUUUCAGAAGAUCGUCAACCUGGAGUACGACUUCCCCACCGCCUUUCCGCCAGCAGCUCGCGACUUAGUGGAGAGGUGCUUGGUCCUUGAUCCAGCGCGUCGUCUUACUGUCGAGCACAUCAAAAACCACGAAUUCUUUGACGGACAUCCGUUUGGCAAGGGCCUAUGGAGAACCAAGGCUCCACGGCUUCGACCUUAUAAUCCCAUGCCUCAAGAACAGACUGUGAUUCAACUUAAUGGCGUGGGGAACAGUACAAACCCUACAGCGCCGCCCAGAAGCUCUCAGCCGCAAACUUCAGCCCUGAACGGCACCGCCCGACCGGCCAGAAUCAUCACGGAACUUCCUCCUCCGACCCAGCUGGAUAUUGAGUGGUCCCCAGUCUUAACGAAGAACAAUGAGAGAAUCCUCAAACUCGGUGAUUUGAUGGUUGUCUCGAGCCCCCUGCCGAGUGGCCACGGCAGGGGUGCCGAGCACAUUGAGGGACACAAGAAGCUCUCGAGGUUCUUUGGUGGAAGUACAACCAAGAAGAGACAGAGGUUGGUAAUGGUGACUUCGAGCGGUCGUAUACUGAUGGCGCCGGCUGGCGGAGAAGAAAAGCGCGCCAAGCAAGAGAUUUCACUGCUUGCCCCCGAAUGCACCUGGAGGACGCAGCUUGACGUGAAGGGCCAAACUGUAUGGUGUGUCGAUGCGGUAAGUAUCCUGGACAAGAAGUCUCGCCGCUCAUCUAAAAUCCGACAGGGUGGCGUACACUACACAUUUGAGGAGCCCAAGGGGAGCUCCGGCUCUGCAGAGAACGGCACCACAGCCGACGACUGGAUAGAGUCUUUGGAAAGAGCCAAGGAAUUGGCAUUGUCUCAAAACCUCUCUGUUUCUUAUGCCGGCGACAACGGUUUUGAUAUUUCGUCCACGGUGUCGAGCCCAGCUAGUACUCUUGGUGGCCGAGGAGUGUACCCCGACGGCUUCAGCGUCAGCGACCGGUCCGGUCGGAACCAUCUCAGCAAAAGCCAGGCCAGCCUGGAGGAUUCGGCUUCCACUACCAAGCGUAAUCGGUUCAGCAAAAGACAGUCCAAGAAUGGUCUCGGUCAACAAUUCUAA